AUGGAGGAGAUGAACCAGCACCCAGGGCUCACUGGCCUGAGGAAUCUGGGCAACACAUGCUACAUGAACGCGAUUUUGCAGUGCCUCUGCAGCGUGCCACCGCUAGUGGAGUAUUUCCUCUCAGGAGAGUACAAAGCAGCCCUGCGCAAGGAGAAUGGUGAGUCUGCGACUGCCUUUGGCUGUUUGAUGUCCGAUAUGUGGCUUGGAAAGUUUGACUGUGUUUCCCCAGAGGUUUUUCAUUCAGUUCUUGGGAAGCGGUACCCAACUUUUAGCAAGAGGACUCAGCAGGAUGCACAGGAGUUUCUGAUCACUGUGCUGAAUGAGCUCCAUGAGGCUCUCAAGAAGUCAAGCAGAAGAUGCAUAGCUGAUGCAAAAGCAAGCACAGGGAGUGUCAGUGAAACAUCUAUUAUCACACAGUUAUUUGAGGGACAACUCACUCACGAUAUCACGUGUCUGGAAUGCAAGACCACCACCGAUAGACCCGAGAGCUUCACCGUUCUUUCCCUGCCCAUCCCUUCCAAGAGCGCAUGCUCUCUGCAGGACUGUCUCAAAUGCUUCUUUCAGCAAGACACACUGACUUGGAACAACCAAAUCUACUGUUCCUGGUGUGGAACAAAACAAGACGCAGCAGUAAAGGCCACCAUAACCAAGGCACCGCAGAUCAUUAUUUUUCACCUAAAGAGGUUUGAAUGGCAAGGCAGGCACAAAAGGAAACUCUCAACUGACAUCUGCUACCCACUCAGCGAUCUGGAUCUCUCUCCCUACAGUUCCCCACUGUUCUGCAAGCAGGCAGAGUACAGCUUGUGUGCGGUAGUGAACCACACUGGUUUUCUGGAUGAUGGCCACUACACAGCGUUCUGCAAGCACUCAGUCACCAAAAACUGGUACAGCUUUGAUGAUGCGCAGAUCACCGAGAUCCCAAAUUCCUCAGUGCAGACUGAUACAGCUUAUCUCCUGUUCUACACCUGCCAAGGUCUUCUCUGCACCCAUUAA